AUCUUUAUACAGCAACCGUCUCGUUAAUCAAUUCACGAGUCAAAGAAAUUGCAACAGAGCUAGAAAAUGUAGAUGAUGAGGUGUUACUCCCUUUGUAUGUUCAGCGAUGGGAGGUCUUUGAUCGUGGCCUUAGUUAUCUCGACAAUUUGUACAGUUUUCUCAACACCCAAUACGUUAAAUGUUUAAGACCAACUGAAGGUGAGAUGAAUUAUGGAUCAACUCUUCCUAUGAUUGAUCGGCAUACUAUGGAAAUACUUGAAGUUGGGUUAUGGCAAUGGAAAAUGUUCCUACUUGAUUUAAUAAAAAAAAGGCUUUGCCAUCGACUAAUACUUGAAGUUCACAAUGAUCGCUAUGGUAUCUCUAGCCAGCAGAACUAUAUUUCUCCAUGUCUAAAAUCAUUCCUACGUGUUGGAGAACUCCGCGAUGUUGGAAAAUUCGGUAAAGAAAUAUAUUUAGAAAUAUUCCAAAAUCAAUUACGAGAGCACACACAAAAUUUUUACAAACAAUGGGCUACGCAAAGAGAGGAAACGCUUUCAUGUUCACAAUACGUCACUGAGGCUCUUGCUCUUCGUAAGGAAGAACGCCUGAGGGCUGAACGUUAUUAUGCCGGCUCUCUCGCACUAGUGCAGCAACUGUUUCAAGAUAUAAUAGUCGAAGAUCGUUUGGCGUUCUUAAAUCAAAGCGUUUCAAGUAUUGUUGCCGGAGAAGAUAAAGCUGCGCUUCGGAAUAUUUUUGAGCUUCUUUCGCCAGUAAAUCUUUGCUCAGAGCUUCUGAAUGCUUUCGGUCAACACAUAAAGUCUUUGGUUUCUGAUGCUAUUUUUGCAUUACCUCAGGAUCCAGCUCAAGCCCCUAUACAGUUUGUGGACAGUUUAAUCUCCAUACGCCAGCGCUUCACAAAUUUUAUUGAUGAAGUUUUUGGGAAUAUAUCGGCAUUUCGUCUUCGCAUGGAUCGUGCCAUUAGCCAAGCUAUAACGGAACGAGCGACUACCAAUUUCCGAACGAAUUCUGGAUCAACCACUAGGUAG